UCUCCAGUCCAUCAGCUCGGGUUUGUCAGUAGGCUUCUGGACAGUGGGAUGGAUGGAGUGUCCGUGUCUCCAGCAGCCUCGUGUGAAGGCAGUGAGGGACAGUCGCCCGAAAGGAAGGCGUUGGAGCCCGAGGCCAGCUCCGACUCGGAGUUUGUGAGGUGUGUGUGCAGUGAGUCGAGCUCCUUCAUCAUGGCUCAGCCGAAACUCCGCGGAGAAGCGCCGAGCAGGUUGUGGAUCACCACUGUGUUCAUCAUCAUGGCUGUUCUUCAGGUCGCCUCGACUACUGGAUUAUUCCUUUACCUCAAUAUGUCAAUGGCGCAGGCUCGGAGUCAGGGUGUGUCUGAGGAGCUGCGCUGUCUUGGGCUGCUGAACGCUCUGGAGAAAGAUCAGGAGGUGCCGGAUGGUCUGGUACAGCUCUUUGGUGAACCUUGCAUCAGACUGGCUGAGGGAAUUAAGACGUAUAUAUCCAAGGUUACAGAAACCAUCAUCUCUCAGCACAUCUUUCAAGAAAGGCAAAGAGCUGAGCCUCGCCUGAAAGUCCUCACCGGUGGUAACCAGCGUCCGUCUGCUCACCUCACCCUUCAAGACAACGGAUUACAAGGUCCAACAUCUUUAACUCCUCAAAGAGAGCUCCACCAGUCCUGCCGUCACCCCGUACGUUCCUGGGGAAACCAGAGCUUCGGUUCGCACCUGCACAACAUGACGGUGUCUAACGGGCGGCUGCGGAUCCCUCAGACAGGACGCUAUUACCUGUAUGCUCAGGUCUACUUCCGGUACCUCACGCUGUCCAAUAGCAAGCACCAGUCCAGCUCAGAAAGCCAGCAGGUGGUGCAGUGUGUGUAUAAGAAGACGGCUUAUGCGCAGCCCAUUCAGCUGCUAAAGGGAGUGGGCACCAAGUGCUGGGCCCCGGAAGGUGAGAACUCCCUUCAUUCCAUUUACCAAGGAGGCAUGUUCGAACUGCGAGCAGGAGAUGAGAUCUUCGUCUCAGUGUCCUCUCCUACCGCAGUGCAUGCAGAAGACUCGUCUAGUUACUUCGGAGCCUUUCGCUUUGACCUCUGAGCCCUGUUCAUUGAGAGUCUCUGAAUCGUUCAGGGUGUGCAUUGUGAGAAAAAGGAAAAAAGGGGGUGGAAUAAGGAAGGAUCUGUGACGCUUCCUGUUUACUCAGAAACCUCCUUGAAGCGAGAUCAAGUGACUCAACAGCAGACUAAUCCAGUGCAGAAGGCACAUGAAGUUAUUAAAACCAGAAGGAUGCUUCAUAAAGGAGCUGGAAGGGAAAGACGAACUGGGGGGAAAAAAAAAACAGGAUAAAACUCAUACUCAGAAGUCCUCAAGUAAUCAUUGCUCUUGGUCAAAGGGCAUCACAGAUGACAUGAGAUUUUCCAUUAAAAAUGUGCAGUGAGACCUCGAAUGGGAAUCUAGUGGGUGGAGCAGAGUUUGUGGAGAAACAGAUGAGGAAUUUUAUGAAUUUACCACAAAUUAGUUUGAACGAAGAGCACCAUAAUGCAUGGAUAUACAAACACACUAGUGCUCACAGCAUUAUCCAUAAAAUAUCCAGUUUUCUUUUAUGGCGAAUAUAGUCGAUCAGCUGAAAUGUGUGUGUGUGUGAUGUUUGCUUCUUUAGUUUUACUUGCACGAGAGCUACUCGUCUAAUAGUCAGUGAGGCUUACACCCUUUCAGUGAUGUGAAUUCCAACUCUGUUUUGCGAGUCAGAUCAUUUGGCUCAGCUCACCAGCUCACACAAAGACACAGCUCAGAAGUUCAAAGCAGGUUUACACUGAAUCAUUUAAGCAGUUAGUAAAAAUGAAUGAAUGAGUAAUGACAUUGCUUUCAUCUACGUUAAAAAAAGAAAAUAAAAUCACGAGAGAGUUGAUUUGUUCAAGAGCAGCACAUCACUAAUACCCCCAGUUUAACAUUGUGGAAAAUGCAUAUCGAGUCAUCACGUGUGCUUAAAACAUUGUCAGGUCAUAAACAGAUAUGCUCGUGUGAUUUCUGACACUACCUCAUACUCUUAUCUGGAAAAAUGUACAAACGACACGUCACGACCAAAAGCAGCUCCGAGUCGUAGCUCUAUCUUGAAGCCUAACUUGUGAUUUUUUUCCUCAGCACAUACACUCACCAGCCACUUUAUAAGGAACACAAUAAUAAUACUGGAUAGGACAUGCUUUUCUGCUCACCGCGGUUGUAAAGAGUAGUGAUUUGAGGUACCAUAGAUUUCCUGUCAGUGUGAACCAGUCUGGCUUGGCCUUGACCUCUCUCAUCAACAUUGAUUUUUUAAUAUGGACUCAUUCUAUUCUAUUCUAUUCUAUUCUAUUCUAUUCUAUUCUAUUCAACAGUAUCACACAGUCAAAGGAUGUUUUUGAGAUGAAUGUGUGUCGAUUCAGACAUGCAGUUUACAUAACGCUAAACUUGUAGCCAUAGGUUUCUGUUAAUUAUGAACUACAUUAGCCUUCUAACUCCAGUGGAAAAUUAAAGAAGCAAACAUAUUAGCUGACUACAUUAAGUGUGAGGGGAAAUGGUUUCAUUUCCCGACUGAGUGAACUGGUUAUUUAAGUUCAUAACUAUAAUUUAGUUAAGAAACCAAAUAACCACUAUCUCUAAAUUUUUUCAUUUGCUUCUGUUCUUGCUGAUAUAUGGAGAUGUAUGCAAUGUGUUUUGUUUAUUUGGCAAACCUCAGCAAAUUUUCUCUGUGUAGGAUAAACACCUGCUGAAAUAUCACCAGAUGUGGAAAAUCCAGCGGUAGAAAGCACUCUAUGCCCUAUGGUGCUUUACUCAAUAUGUUCAUUUAUGGAAAACUCAAUAAUUUAUUCAAUAAUAAGAUUCAAUAACUUAUAUGCGUGCGCGCGCACACACACACACACACACACACACACACACACACACACAGUGGUGCUUAAAAGUUUGUGAACCCUUUAGAAUUUUCUAUAUUUCUGCAUAAAUAUGACCUAAAACAUGAUCAGAUUUUCACACAAGUCCUAAAAGUAGAUGAAGAGAACCCAGUUAAACAAAUGAGACAAA